CCCCUUCUAGCGUACGAUAGAAAACUUACCUUAAUAAGGCGUGAGAGAGUAGCAAAUUUCUCUCUCUUUUAUCUGCAGUUCCUUUUAGUACUGAUGUGUAUGUACUCGUUUAGGUAAUAGAAGUCUAUCUGUAUGAUCGAGAGUUCAAUGGACGUUGAAAUCGGAGAAUUGGCUUCACAAGAUUCUGUGUCGAAGAAGCUUCAACAGAGUGAGGAGGCUAUGGAUAACGAGAAUUCUACUUGUGUAGCUGGUUCAGCAUCUGAAUCUAUUAACUCGUACAACCUUAGUGGUUCACAUUCGGACAUGUCAUAUGAGGAAAAUGACAAUGAUGGUGACGAUGCAACUGACGAUGACUGCGACAUUUACGGUGAUGACGAUGACUAUAUGUAUGGUGACAACAACAUUGAUGAUUAUUCGACUUUGCAGGCACAAUUUGAUAAUGUGGAUUUGCCUACUGGGGUGGAGGCAUCGGUUUCUUGGUUAAGUGAUCCUGCUCCAGGUUCAAAUACUUCAACUCCUGAAAAUGUUCCAGUGGAAGGUGGCUCUGUAGGUCUCCCUGCAACUGCAGCAGUACAUGCUUCUUCAUUUCCCGCUUCACCCCGCUGCAAAACUGAGGCCAUUGCUUCAAGCAGUUCGUCAGUUUCUGCAGAAUCGAGCUGUAAUGAGGGAAAAGAGGAAAAUAAAGGUGAAGUUAUGAAGAAGUAUCUAGAUUUCAAACGAUUUGAUGUUGUUGGUGAUUGUUCUGAUCAUCACUAUAACAAAACGGGCUUUGAAGGACAACAGCCUCUGAAGGCCUGGAGCAAGAAAAUUCAGGAAGAGUGGAAAAUUUUAGAGAAGGAUUUGCCCGAUACGAUUUACGUAAGAGUUUAUGAAUCAAGGAUGGAUCUUUUGAGGGCUGUUAUUGUAGGACCACAGGGAACUCCCUACCAUGAUGGUCUAUUUGUCUUUGAUGUUCUCUUCCCUCCUACCUAUCCAGACAUACCACCAAUGGUUUACUACUACUCUGGUGGCUUGCGACUGAACCCAAACUUGUACGACUGUGGAAAAGUCUGUCUCAGCCUUCUUAACACUUGGACUGGUAAAGGAAAUGAGAAGUGGGUGCCAAAGUCAUCAACAAUGCUGCAGGUCUUGGUGUCUAUUCAAGCUCUCAUUUUGAAUGCAAAGCCCUUUUUCAACGAGCCUGGAUAUGAAUCUCGAUAUGUUGGGGUGGAGGGGGAGAGGAAAGCUAUGUCAUACAAUGAGGAUGUAUUUGUCCUAUCCUUGAAGACGAUGGUGUACACUCUUAGGAGGCCUCCAAAGCACUUCGAGGAUUUCGUGAUAGGUCAUUUCCGUUCUCGUGCACAUGAUAUUCUUUCAGCAUGUAGAGCAUACAUGGAGGGUGCAGUAGUUGGUUCAGUGGUCAAGGGAAAGAUCCAGGAUUGUAGCAAAAAGAGAACCUCGUCACAGUUUGAGGCUACUAUAAGGAGAAUGAUAACUGGUCUCAUUUCAAACUUCACGAAGAUUGGUGCGGAUGACUGUGAGAAGUUUCGCUGUUCGUGAUGAUGGUUUCUGCAGUAGGUUUAUUAAAAUAACGCGUAUGGAGAGGAGGAUGGUAAAUCAACACCUUUGUCUAUGUUGACUUUGAUGGCUUUUUAUUAGCAAUUUGGUAUAAAAAGACUAUCUUUGAGAUCCUAAAUGUGUAAAUAUGUAAGGAUAAUAUAGGGCUGAGGAUAAAUCUUCCUCCUGGAUAUGGUUCUUCGCCUUGCAUUUCUAAAUUAAUCCUAUAAUACUUUCUCAUUUUCUGGGGG